CCAAACUGAGUUGAUUCAGUAUCGCUGUUACAAUGUCCUGAUGAAAAUCCUCUCUCUACACCCACCCACCUCCCCCACGACCACCGAGCUUUACCGGGCAGCAUACACAGAUACUCAGAAUACCACACAGACCCAGGGCACAGUGUUCAGCUCUUUUCUCCAAAGACUGGGUGACACAGAUAGUACAACUUUUCCAAAAGGCCAUGUUCUGCUACUGAGGUUUAUUGUAGCGGUCCUAGAAGUCAAUCUCCAGCAUUAUUUGGACAGAAUUGAGAAAGGGGAGAUUAAAAUCCGUAAACUGAGGGGAUGUAUGAUUGCUCAGAUUUUAUGGCCUGGCAGCACACUGAUGUCUGUUAACACGGUGUGUAAGGACUUGGUUGUACUGUUUGGACUCUGUGUUACUGAAGAUAUGGAUGACUUAAUGAAGAGAGACUUGAUUAAGCUGAGCACCAGCCUGAUUUGUAUGGCAGUACUUAUAGCACAGUACGUAGAGACAGGUCAGAGGUUAAACUUACAGGAGCCAAUCGUAGCCAGCCAUACAGCAGCCUCCUUACUGCACGAAGCAGUACGCCAAGUUCCAAGCACUCUCAGGAUAGAGUUAUUAAGAGCAAUUCUCAGGAACUUGAGUCCUUCCUGGAUUGCAGUUCAUUUCUGCUGUUUACUUCUCAGAAAUCUAGAUGAUUAUCUUCUGCUGCAAGAUCUGCCAACAGAGGGCAUAAGCCUGAAGGAAAUUGUCACAAAGUACUUCUUUCUGUUACCAAAACUUAACAGCAAUCAAAGUAAUCUAAGACAAAGUUCACAUAAAAAGAGGAGUGUAUCCAGGUUGCAGCAGGAGAGUAACACGAGAACGAGGAGAUCACUGCUGAAGGGAAGAGACAAGGAGAACGAACGAUUGGAGGAGGGAACCAGUACAACGUCAGCUGGGAAAAAUGUCAACAAGAAGAAUGUCAAAGGAGAAACUCCUCUACAAGCAGCUUGUAUUAAAAACGAUCUGAAGAAGGUCAGGCAGCUUCUGAAGAUUCCAGGUGUGGAUGUUAAUACCAGGGACAAUGCUGGGUGGACUCCGUUACAUGAAGCUUGUAAUCUUGGACAUGUAGAAGUUGUAAAAGAGCUGCUAAAUUUUGUUCCUGCCAAAACUAUGGAUCAUUUCUUCAGUCCUGGAGGUGAUAAGAAGUGUAGGAAGGUGAACCUGUUGGCGGUGACAGAUGACCUGAUCACUCCACUCCAUGAUGCCGUGAUGAACAACAGACUGGACGUGUGUAAACUGCUUCUACAGCACGGAGGUCCAGCCAUGUUAGAAAGUAAAACUUCUUUAAAUCAGACACCAUUAGACCUGGCCACUACAAGUCAAAUGAAGGAAAUUCUGCUGUCCUACAUAGAGGAUCGUUCAGCAAGGUCGUGUUCUCAAGGCAGCGUCAGCAGUGAUGGCCCGGCAGACUCUCCCCCCAGUGAUUACCUGUAUGAGCAGGUGCUGGGAGGGGAGGAUCGUGGAUUUGCAGACCGAGAGGAGUGUGCUAAGUACAUCGCUGUGAUAACUACAUUGAUUCAUUCUUAUCUUAAAGUGAUGGACUACAAUCAAAUUCAGGCUCUAAUGAACGGAAAACUGAACCUGUCUUGUAAAAGUGACAAACACCAUGGAAAGAGCGAAAAGGUCAUAAAACAGUAUAAUGGAACAGAAGAUUGUUCUAAGAAAACUGUCAGUUGCUCAAUUGAAAAUGGAUCCACUCCCACACAAGCAGUGAAAGGUUCAGGAGUAUUACAAUUCCAUCAAGACUUCAGAACUGCCUUUAAAUUGUCAGCAUACAUCGAAAGAUUUGCCGGUCACAUCCUGAAAAUCACAGAAGACAAGGACUUUGAAACUCUCCGAUUUGACUUAGGUUUGCUGAAGCAGAUUGCCUUUUCUUGUAAGAUGUCAGUUAAUUAAGAAAACAUAUUAGAGAUAGAAUGAAUCUCACACAAAUAGAAUUCAGUGAAAGGAAAAUCAAACUUGGGCUUAGUUUAUAACAGACUUAAGAUGUAUCUUCACAGAGAUCGUAGCUCAUCCAGUAUGGUAGUUUUUCUAAAAAAGUACAUGUCAUCAAAUUUUUUGAAGAAAUAUAGUUUUUUUUAAAAUUAAUUACAAGUUCAAUUUAUUAAAAAAGAAAAGAAACUCCUUGUGUUGGAUACUUUAUAUAGUUGUGUAGUAGUAAAUAAUUUU